AUGACCAGCUCACCCGAUUACAAGAAAUUGUACCUUGAAGCAGAAGAGCAACGGAAGCACGCAGAACAGCGACGGAUACAAGAAGAAGAGAGAUGGAAGCACGCAGAAGAGCGUCGAAAGCACGCAGAAGAGCGACUAAUACAAGAAGAAGAGAAAUGGAAGCAGGCAGUAGAGCGACGGGAAAAGGCGGAACAUGUGUUGAAGCAAGAAAGCGAGCGCAACCGGCGAACCACUUUCAUGGAAUUCCUCUGCCAUUCCCACAACCUAUUUUCCCGUCCUCUGAAGGUCAAAACGCCAUAUCAUUCAACCACAGUGACAAUACCUCCCAAGAGAACAAGUUGCCCGUUAAGACUGCGCCCAUGGAAUGAUUGCGCCCCCCAGCAACAAGCCGUCUAUGACCGUGUAUGCCACUAUCUGCAACCCAACAAAGAACCCCCUCAUCUUUUCACGCCCUUGGCUACCUUCGAAUGGUUUACUCAGUGUAACAUAGGACCCAUGCAUAGCGAAAGGUGUCUCGAAUCUUAUGAACAAAUUGCCGUUGAACACCAUGUGCGCGAUGUCAUCGAAGAACUAUGCAAGAUCCCGGCUGCGCGGGAGGAGUUCAUGCUUGGCGAUGGUGUUAGGUUUGGCAACCAUGAAAACGCUUUGAAUGAAACUCGUGACGAAUUAGCUGAAAUCGACAUGUCCAACCCACCUCGUCCAAAACUUGAUCAAUUCUGUGCCCACCGAGUUGAUGGCAAAACAAACAGUCUCCUCUUUGCCGUGCAGUAUAAGCCACCCCAUAAGCUUUCAGUGGAAAAUCUGCGAGCUGGACUUCGACCGAUGGAAUUAUGGGACGAAUUGGUCAAUCGGGAUACAGUGCCUUCAGACCCAAUGGAAAUAUUACAGUACAAUGCGGAACUUUCGUCAGCUUCGGCUUUGGUCCAGACAUAUGAUAUCAUGAUUGAAGAAGGCCGCGCGCAUGCCAUACUGACCAACGGGCUUGCUCGAGUUCUUCUCUAUGUGUCGCAUGAUGACCCGGCCACGUUGAACUAUCACCUCUGUGAGCCAAAUAGGGAGAUUGUUGGUCACUUACAGAGCUUUCAGCAGCCAAUGACCUCCUUUGCUAGAGAGCUUUGUCUUUGUCUAAUGAGCUUUCGUUCGCCCACGCGGAAUCAAGAAUGGCGAAAUCUUGCACGUUCUCAAGCUCAGGUCUGGGAAACAAGUUUCGAUCAAACUCGCUCUUCGAUUCCCAAAGAAGAGCUGCAAAAGGCCCCCCAAUUCGACAAUGUGAACUCAAGACCUUCGAAACACCAUCCAUCGUCUGCGUUGGAAUCUUCAAUGGCAGAUUGCCAAGUAUCUACAAGACCUCGAACUAGCUUUACAACAACUGAUUCUCAGAAGCGUACACCUCCACAAGACUCUUCGGGCUCUGGCUUAGCCGAAGUGGGCGAAUGCAAGCGCCGAAUUACGCCUUCUUCGUCAUUUACUCAACAAGCCGCUCAUGAGUGCGGUAAUGGGGAUAAACAAGACAACCAAUCCCGCUACCAUGAUGCUCAAUUCUGCACCCAGCGUUAUUAA